AAGAUCCGGGAACUCUGCGAAACCUGCUUUUCCCGGUCCCCAGCGGCCGGCGACGGGACCGGCGGCUAGUGGCCCAGCGGGUGCUGGUUGGUUGGUGUGCAGAUCGUGGUGGGAAAGAGGAGCGGUAGGAAUGGGUCCCUAGAGCGGUGAGCUGCACACGUGCGGGGAUCCGCUGUGCCACUCUCAUUCUCUCGGCGAAGGCGGCUUCCUGUCUGAUCAGUUGCUAUGGCCACGGGACCACGCUGCUAAGGAGGUUGGAGAUGCUGAGCGCCAUGAGCGCGCCCUUCCUGGUCUGCCUUUGGUUUAGAGUUGCCUUAUUUGAAACUGGCGCCGUUACCCACUCUUAUCUGACUUUCUUUAAAAAAGAAAAAAAAAAAAAGCGAAACACAACUCUUUUUUUCUCCAUGUUUUCCUCUCCAUGUCCUCAUUUUCUAACUUUGACAACAUCCCGGCCCUGGACUGGUCUUAGGUAUUGGGAAAUGUGUGAUGUUGCAGGCGAAGAGGCUAGGGAAAUGGAAAGGAAAUAUGAAGACCCUUAAUACUGGCUCUUUGGGUUUUCUUUAUGGUGAAAAGGGUUGGGAUAGGUGAAUACUGGGCUGUGUCGCUAUUCUUUGAAAUUUGAAGGAGCUUUAGAGAUGGAGUUCACCUUCUUUUGUGGGGCUCCUGUUAACACUUUGGGGACCUUCCAAACACCAGAUGAGAGAGUAGGAAGAAAAGUGACUUCUGUCUCUGGAAUUUAGCAGUUAGUUUAGUGCAGUGGUCUCAGAGGCAAGUGUGGGAAGAAUAGGUACGUGGAAAAAGAAAUAAGAUAUAUUGAGCUGUCCAAAACAAUCAAAGAAAAGUACUCUUUCCUAGCACAGACCCAGAUGCCUGUAACCCCUUGUAGAUGACCCGCAGCAUCUAAGGAAACCUAAGGUGAAAAAUGAGGGGUCCACCGUGGGGCCUUGCUUAAUUUGUUUGCUCUCUUGAUAUUGUGACAUAGUUUAGGUGUUGGGGUUAAGUGGAUUAAUAGAUUCUAGUGUUUAUUUAGAAUCUUUAUAUUGGUUUGUAAAAGAUUGAAUGGUAUCCUUUGUAAUAUUUAUAACACAAAAGAGUUACUUUUUCACUUCUUCCCACCAUUAACCGCCCUCACAUGUUAUUUAAUGAAAAAGCUAGUGUAAGAUGAAUUAACCUUUUUUCCCUUUUACAAACAAUUCAUGCUCUGGGUUUGUUGGUGAUGGUGUGCUCCCAGGUGGAUAUUAUUUUUUAAAAAUUGAGUGCACUUCAUUUGUCUGUAAGGUAAAGGGUGAUACUUUUAACAGUAACUGAAAAACUAUUUUGGAAAGAAGUUCUAACAUAGGUGUUUUGGAAGUGGACAGGGAAAUGUUUGCAUCAUUGUGUGUGUGUAUGUUUUGGUAUUGUUGCUGAAAAUUGCAUAAUUGUAUCACACAUAAAAACUGUCCUGUAUACUUAAAACCUUUGGAAGCUCAAUAUUCUAACAUGUUUUUCAAAUGAAGAGUUUCAGUAGUCUUUUGAACUUAUUCAAAAUCUAAUGUAGCACUUUCCAGUUAGUACCUUAUAGAAACAGCUGUUUGACAUAAAGGAACAUAGAAAUUGUGUCAUUCCAACUUGUUGAAUAAUCACUGAAUGGCAGUAUUAGGUUGCACUUUAAAUAGGUCAUAAUUAAAGUCUGUGUUAGCUUAGGAUAGGAUCUAACAAAUUUAAUGAGCUAAUAAUUACUAUAUUUUUAGAAAAUGCCUUGGGGAUGAAUGUGAAGUGUGAUAUUGGGAAGUAACUCAUCUGCUGGUAGCAGGCUGAGAAAAUUAGGUCAGCAUAUCAAAUUAAGGAAAUCGAAAUUUAAAAUUACUCUGUUACAGAAAUAAUCUUACAUUUAGUUUAUCUUGGCAGGGUACUUUGAUCUGGUCACAUUGUAUUUAAAAUAUUUGGAGGCUGGAUGUUAUUACAUGGAACUUUGCCCUCCUUGUAAAGAUUUCUAAUUUGUCAAGUCAAUUAAAAUAAUCUCAUGUUAUUACUCGUUUAAGAAGUCAUCAAUGUUUAUAUUGAAGAAGAGAGAACUAAAGAGUUGUGAUUUGUGUCCCCAGAUAUUUGAAAAGCUGUCAUUUACAAGUAGAAGACUACAUCUAUGUGGCCUUAAGAGAAGAUCUUAUAGAGAAAUGACUAUAUUAAAGACUUGAAGUGGGAAGUACUCUAAUGGAAGAAUAUUUGGAGCGUCAUGUAAAUGGGGGAAUGGAGUAAUCAAGGAGAAAUAAGGAAGCGAGGCAGAAAUCCAAGUGCUGUGGAAACGUGCAUUUGAGAAACUGAUUAUCAGGAAAGCCUGCGUGGAACUUGGGUUUGGAGCUAGACCUAGAAAUACCAGCGGGCAGUUGAGUGUAUAAGUCUGGGUGUGGUGGAAGAUUCUUUGAAAUAAUUUGAUUUGGCAGGAAAACAAGGGCUACAAAUUAGAGACCGCCUGUUAGCAAAGAGGGAAUUAUGGGAGAGGGAGAAGUGAACCAUCAUUCACUGGGAAUAAAGGAGAAGCCAUGCAGAAAUCAGAGUGCCAUAGGGGCGUACAGAUGAGAAACAGACUUACAGAUAACUGUGAUCAAAGGACAUCAUCAAGUGCACAAGUAAAACAUGGGACUAGAGUUCAACAAAGCAAAUCUUCAUCAUCAACCAGUUCUCCAGAAUCUGCAAGAAAACUUCAUCCUCGACCAAGUGAUAAACUUAACCCUAAAACAAUUAACCCGUUUGGUGAACAGCCAAGAGCCCCUUCUGCCUUUGCAGCUAUUUACUCUAAGGGAGGUAUUCCUUGCAGGUUGGUCCAUGGUUCAGUAAAACACAGGUUACAGUGGGAAUGUCCUCCUGAAAAGCUUCCAUUCGAUCCUCUUCUUAUUACUUUAGCUGAGGGUCUGAGAGAGACUAAACAUCCAUACACCUUUGUGUCAAAGGAGGGUUUUAGAGAAUUACUUUUGGUCACAGGUGCUCUUGAGAAAGCUGUGCCUUUGCUUCCUAGACUGAUUCCUGUGCUGAAGGCAGCUCUGAAUUCGGCCACUGCUUUUCAGGGCCAGAUGAUUCCUUACUGGAAGAUACCUUUAGAAGAUGUACUGAAGGUCCACGUGGAUGAUGAAGUGUUUGAAAGAGGAUUGAAUGCUCUGGUGCAGUUAAGUGUCGUCGUUGGUCCUUCUCUCAACGACCAUCUGAAACACCUGCUUACCAGUCUUUCUAAGAGAUUAAGGGACAAGAAAUUCAAAGAACCAAUCACCACUGCAUUACAGAAGCUGGAGCAGCAUGGCGGAAGUGGAAGCCUUAUCAUCAUCAAAUCUAAAAUUCCGACAUAUUGCUCCAUAUGCUGUUGAAGAAAGGAGCCUGAAUGACAGGUGUUAAACGCUGACCAUGGGUAUCUGCAGAACCUGUUCAGAGUGACUUCAGUUUAUUCUUUUGUAAAUCACAGCCAUCCUUCAUUAUUACUGGCCUUGGAUGGGUGUAUACACAAGUCCGCCGAAUCAUAGUACAAGCUUUUCAUCAAAAAGAAAGAAUGGUUAAUAAUGGAAAACUAUUAAAAAUGUUCCAUAAUAGUACAAUCUUGUGGGGUUAAUUUUUUUCUUUAUUUUUGUGAUUUGUGUGAACAGCAGUUAUUGGGUUCACAGUGGAUAGGUUUGUAUGUAUUUUCUGGUGCCUUUUGUAUAUAGCAUUUAUACAGUCAGUUUGUACCUGUGUACUUACUUUUGGACAUUCUGCCAUUUCCUGGGUUUUAUAUUUAUCAAGUCUAUGGGAGUUUAAAAUAGUGGACAAAUAUUUGUGAAUUCACUGUUAAUUAUAUUGUUUGUAAGUAUGUAUUUUAUAAUAUAGAGUGUUUGGAAAAAAUUUCUUUCCAGAGUAUUCUACUUUAAGAAAAAGAUUUUUAAUGUGUAAAUUCUCUUUUAAGUAUGGUUGUUUAUUACAACUCAUUAAAACUACCUAAAUUUAGGUGUUAAUUGUAUUUAAGUAAAUAUAUGUUUAUUUCAUAGUCUGGAAAUACUGGUUUUCAGUACAUGAAGAUAUUCAGAAAUUAAAAUCUUAAAA